AUGCCCGAGCCAGCCAAAUCCGCUCCUGCUCCAAAGAAGGGCUCCAAAAAGGCGGUCACCAAGGCGCAGAAGAAGGACGGCAAGAAGCGCAAGCGCAGCCGUAAGGAGAGCUACUCAGUGUAUGUGUACAAGGUGUUGAAGCAGGUCCACCCUGACACCGGCAUCUCGUCCAAGGCCAUGGGCAUCAUGAACUCCUUCGUCAACGACAUCUUCGAGCGCAUCGCCGGCGAGGCGUCGCGCCUGGCGCAUUACAACAAGCGCUCGACCAUCACCUCCCGGGAGAUCCAGACGGCCGUGCGCCUGCUGCUGCCCGGGGAGCUGGCCAAGCACGCUGUGUCCGAGGGCACCAAGGCUGUCACCAAAUACACUAGCUCCAAGUAAAUAUGUUUGUAGUUGCUGUUGAAUCCAAAGGCUCUUUUCAGAGCCACUCUCCUUCUCAAGUAAGAGCUUUAACGCUGCUGUGCUUCCGUUAUGUUAGGAAAAAUGUUUGAUGUCAAGACGGUUAAUGCUUUUCUGCAUCCACACAUUUAUCGUGGUGACUAGCUCCUUAGUAACGUGUCAGAUAUUUAUGGUAGUCAGCUAAGUAUCACCCAUGUAUUUGUAAAGACCUAUGAUAACUCUAGGUUUUCAAUAUAACAUAAUAAAGUAAAAAUAGGUG